AUGAGUGGCCAGAAGGGAGAAAGCCCAGAGGACCGCCUUAUUUACGGAAGUACCUUUGGGCCCAAUUCGCUCGCCAACCUCGGCAACAUCCACUUCCACACCACGCCCAAUACGCAUGUACAAGGGCAAAACCCUGUCCGGGCCAUUCCGUAUCCACAAAACGAGGAAGCCGUCGACCGAACGGAGCUUGUCGGCCGGCUUAACGAGCUCCUCCCGGCUUCGUCCCGGGACUGCAGUGCGGCGCUAUGGGGCCUCGGCGGGUCAGGAAAGACUCAGAUUGCGUUGGAAUAUGCGUACAGACGAAGCCGUGAUCACGGCUGCUCCGUCUUCUGGGUACAUGCCGACAGCAAGGCAACUUUUGUACAGGACUACCAGACGAUAGCAGUGAAGCUUGGCAUAGAAAAGAGCUUUCAGGGUAGUGAUCUGCUUGUCGAAGUGCGCAACCGCAUCGAAGCUCUGCCGAGAUGGGUGCUUGUGCUCGACAACGCUGACGACCUCACUAUCUUCGGCGUCGGGCCGGGAGCAGCGUCGACGGCAGGCAGCCUGUUCGACUACGUCCCUCGUGGGACGGUUCUGUGGACGAGCCGCGACGAGCAGAUCGUCGGCACGCUGGUUGGACCAGGCCGCGGUAUUCGGGUAGGCCACAUGACAGCUGUCGAGGCUGAGAUGCUCUUGCAGACGGUCAGGCGCCAGGAUGCAGGCGAUGAGGCGGACGAGGUCGCCGAGCUGCUGAGAGAGCUGCUGCAGUUUCCGCUCGCCAUCUACCAGGCAGGAUCAUACAUGCGGCGAACGGGAACUCUCGCCCGGGAGUACCUCCAGCUGCUGGCACAGAGCAAGGAGCGACACAAGGCUCUCAAGGCCACGGCGUACGACCGUCACCGGAGAACUGGCACGCCCAACAGCAUCUUGGAGACCUGGAGGGUCUCUGUUGACCGCGUCCGACGCGAGAGUGAGAUGGCAUACCGGAUCCUGCACACCAUUGCUUUCCUCGACAACCAGAACAUCCCGCACGAGAUCCUGGUGGCUGCCUGCAAGCUCCACAGCCGCGACGCUGUCGAACAGCCAGACAGCUUCGACGUCAUCCAGGACAUUACCCGCCUGAAGGAGUUGUCCUUGAUCGACGUUCGCCGGACAGACGACCGUAGCCGUCGCUACGAGAUGCACAAGCUUGUCCAAGAAGCGACGAGAUACAUGCUCGAUAAAGAGAUGAAGGCCGUCUUUGCAGGCGCCGCUCUCGACAUCAUGGUGGGUCUCUUUGUAGAGCCGAGCCAGGCGACCUGGCCGCAGUGCGACAAAUACCUUGCACAUGCCGUCCAGGCAGGAGAAUGGACCGACCUGCACGGAAACAAGGCCGGGGCAGCCUCGCUCUUUGCCAGGAUCUCGGCCUACCUGGGCGGUCGAGGCCGCUGGAACGAAAAAGAAGCUGUAGAUCGGCGAACAUGGGAUCUUCGACGGGAGGUGCUUGGAGAGAUGCAUGUAGACACCCUCCAGAGCAUGGCAUCUCUCGCACUGACGUACCAUGAGCAGGGCCGCUACAGCGAAGCGGAAAGCCUGAAUUUCCGGAUUCUACAUCUUAGGCGGGAGCUGCUCGGCGAGAACCACCUGGAUACGAUCAGCACCAUGUCCGAUCUUGCAGGAACGUUUUCCGAUCAGGGCCGGAACGACGAGGCCGAGAAGAUCCUGGUCAUCGUGUGCAGUCGUCGGCGGAAGUUUCUUGGCGAUAGGCACGAGGAGACUCUGCAGGGGAUGUCGUAUCUCGCGUCGACGUACCAUGAGCAAGGUCGAUACGACGAGGCAGAGCGGCUCAAGAUCCAGGUCUGUCGACUCAGGCAAGAGGCGCUGGGCGAAAAGCAUAUGGCUACGAUCUUUAGCCUGAGCUCUCUCGCCGUGACAUAUCAAGAGCAGGGCCGCUAUGACGAAGCCGAACCUAUCCGGGUCAAGGUCCUCAAGCUCCGGCGUGAGAUGCUCGGCGAGACGCACCCGGACACGGUCAGGAGCAUGUCCUCGCUCGCAGUGACGUACCGAGAACAGGGUCGUUACAGCGAGGCCGAAGCUCUGGCUGUCCGAGUGGUCGACAUCCGGCGGGAGUUCCAUGGCGAGAUGCAUCCGCGCACGAUCAAGAGCAAGAUUCACCUGGCAGCGAUAUACCAUGCACAAGGACACUACGAAAAAGCUGAGUGCAUGUACGCCGAGACUUGCAAUAUUCUGCGGAGGCUGUUUGGCACGACGUACCCGGAAACACUCCUGUCUAUCGAUUUGUCGACCACGCAUCGAAUGAAGGGAUAUCUGCCUACUUCGGCCAGACAGCUCGCAUCGCUGUCUGGCAGCAACAACGCGGUCCUACCACCAAGCUUCUCGUUCCAGGUCUACGUUACGUAUGGCCCGACUCUGGCAGACACACCCUCUUUGCUUGCACAAGACUUUGUUAAGCGAGUAAUGGCCGUAAUGAACAACAAUGGCCAAUACGAUUACCCUAUCCGGUUUGACUUCCACUUUCUCCCCGGCAAGGCCGUCAACGAGAUUAUACAGCACUACCGCGCUGAAGGCAAGGCGGAGCCUGAUUACUCGAAGCGACCGGAUGAUGACUACCGCGGCGUUGCAAUCGCGCUGUCUAAGGAGAGCUGGGAGCGAGAGGGCGCGGACUUGAUCCUGUUCGACCCGCCUGCGGAGUAUCUGCAGACAACAGGAGAGGAACGGGAUGCUAUUCUAGGUAAGGGCGUCGGGGCUAAUGGCGUCCUAGUCUUGUACGGGAUGUCGGUGUAG